AACUAACCCCUCAAAAUUCAAUGGAUACCCUUCUUCUCUUUUCUCAGUUCUUAUUACCAGUACAUCCGUAAGCACGCAUAUAUUGACCGUUUCAUCGCUCUUUACCAAAACCGGAGUGAAACUCUAGAUUCGCAGUUGUUUUCACAUUGACGGAUGAUUGUGUAGGGGUUGACCGCGAGUCGUGCUAUAAGAGAAUUGGGAGUUAGAUUUUUCGUUUUUGUUUUUUUAGGUGCUCUGAAUGAUUGAUUGAUUGAAAUUGUGAUGAUGAUAUCGAAUGGGACUGCUAACAUUUGGUCGCCGGAGGAGUUGCGGGAAUCCGCCUCAGGAGGGGGCGGCGGCGGCGGCGGCGAAGGAACUGAAGUCGUUGAAUUUCCCGCUGAAAUGGUCGACAUGGAGGUGUUGUGGAACUUGCUUUCGGAGACGGAAUCCGAUUCUUCGCAGAGUAGGCAAGAAGAUUCAUCACUGAGUUUUGCACCACAUGAUUCUAGGAGUGGAGUUUUGGAUGGUUCCCUUCACUCAAAAGAGAGAGCAGUAAUCUUUGACCCUCCGUUGCAUAGUUGCAGUGGGAGCCUGACUGACUUGCAACCAAUUCAGGACCAUGGCCAAUUCUGUUCAGACAAGGAGAAUGCCUUCUACAGUUCUGCAUCUAAUAUCCAAGAUGAUAGGUUGUCUCAUAGCCACUUGAUAGCUGAAAAUAACUUGAAAGCAUCAGUAACAUCCAAUAUGGUGGAAUCAUCUAGGAUGGAAAUAGAGACACUCCAAUACAAUGAAUCUCAUGCUCUGUUCAGUUCGGGGCAAAUUUCUGAUCUUCUGGAUGAGCCUUGGGAGCAGUAUUCAGAUAUGUUGUUGGGAGACAGUUUACACUUCCCUUCUUGUAGUGAUUUUGAUUUUGGGAUUUUGCCUUGUGAUGGUGAUAAUAUGCUUAAUGUAAAAGAUGAAGAAUGGGGGCCUUCAACUUGGGAUGCUGGUUCAAACAACAUUGUUUCCGGGGAAGGUUUGACUAGGAGAACAAAUGAGGGGGUUGUAGAUGGAUACUCCAACACUUGGGAUAUAAAUGUCAAUUUUCAGCAUGCUUGUAAAAGUGAAUUACAUUUCACUGGGUAUAAAAACAGAGAGACUGAUUGUAAGGUGGCUACUCAGUCUUGGGCAUAUGAUCCGUCAUAUGUGUUCUCUAGAAAGCAAGAAGUAUGUGCAGAGGAUUUAAAAGAUGAUAUUAUUGAUAGAAAACCAUUUAGCGAUGCUGAUGCUGCACUUUCUAAUGAUCCACCAAAUCCAUUUUCUCCCUGUCUACUACCUUCCAAUUCAGGUAAAAGUCAUUUGGUUUAUAGAAAGGAUGAAAAUGAAGGCAUGCCACAUGAAUCAGGAGGGCCACACAAUCAUCUUUAUCUGGUUGACAACACUACUUUGGAAAACCCCUUUCUGGUUCAAAAUGAUUGUGCACUAAAUGGUCUGGUUGGAGACAAAUAUGGUUCCUUGCCAUCUACUUCUGUUAAACAGGGGUUAGACUGUGUUAAAACAGAAAACAUACAUAGUUUGCAAAAAACAAAUGACUCGUGUUUAUUAACCACUGCCCACCAAUCUGUUCAAAGUAGUUCAUUAGCUCAAAGAACUUGUGCUGCUCCUGAUGAUGAUGAUGUGUGCAUUCUGGAGGAUAUAAGUGCGUCAGCUCAACGAAAUCCAUGUCCGCCUAAUGGGAAGUCACUUGUUAACUUGCAACAUGCUACAUUUAGUGAAACUUCUACUCGUGUUGGAGCAGGAUAUAUGAGAUUCAAGCCAAAUGGCGAGCAAUUUGUUUUUCGCACUGCAUUGCAGUAUGCUGCAUUUUUCCAGGACCUUUCUCAGCCAAGAUCGGAAGACAAACCUCCAGAUGGUGUUUUGGCUGUUCCUCUUUUGAGACACCAGCGAAUUGCUUUAUCAUGGAUGGUCAAGAAAGAAACAACAAAUCCACGCUGUUCUGGUGGGAUUCUCGCAGACGAUCAGGGGCUUGGAAAGACAAUAUCAACCAUUGCUCUUAUACUCAAAGAAAGGUCUCCAUCUGUUAAAACCUUUGCAGCCUUUACAAAACAAACUGAGGCAGAGACGUUGAAUUUGGAUGAUGAUGAUGAUGCUCCUACUAAGUUAAAUAAUGGUGCUAAUUCUUGUCAGCCUAAUGGAUGCUCUGCCACAGUUGCUAAACCAUCUGCACAUGCUAAAGGUAGGGCAGCUGCCGGCACCCUUAUUGUAUGCCCAACAAGUGUCCUACGCCAAUGGUUUGACGAAUUGCAUAAUAAGGUAGCGAACACAGCUAAUCUUUCUGUUCUAGUAUACCAUGGAUGCAAUAGGACGAAGGAUCCUUUUGAGCUAGCAAAGUAUGAUGUUGUGCUUACAACGUAUUCAAUUGUAAGUAUGGAAGUUCCGAAACAGCCUCUUGUUGAUGAUGAGGAUGAGACACAAAAGCACACCACUGAUUCACUAAAUGGCGUUUCAUCUAGUAGAAAGAGGAAAAGUCCUCUUAACUCUGGAAAGAAAUCGCUAAAGGGGAAGAAGGGAACAGAAGGUGAAUUGCUUGAUACUGAUGUCCGUCCCCUUGCUCGGGUCGCCUGGUUUAGGGUUGUAUUAGAUGAGGCACAAAGCAUCAAGAAUCACAAAACUCAAGUGGCAAGAGCUUGUUGGGGUCUACGUGCUAAAAGGCGGUGGUGCUUGUCGGGUACACCUAUCCAGAAUGCAAUUGAUGAUCUAUAUAGCUACUUCAGAUUUCUUAGAUUUGAGCCAUAUUCUUCAUAUAAACUAUUCUGCUCUUCACUCAAAGUCCCCAUUCAGAAACAUCCAACAAGUGGGUACAGAAAACUGCAAACAGUGCUUAAAACUGUAAUGCUUCGCCGAACUAAAGGAUCACAAAUUGAUGGCGAACCAAUUCUCACCCUUCCUCCUAAGAGAAUAGAACUGAAAAAAGUUGAAUUUACACAAGAGGAACGGGGUUUUUAUUGCAGACUUGAGGCUGAAUCACGAGCACAGUUCGCAAAAUAUGCAGCUGCUGGAACUGUCAAACAGAAUUAUGUUAACAUAUUACUGAUGCUCCUGCGGCUCCGUCAAGCUUGUGAUCACCCUUAUCUUGUUGGGGGAUCCAAUUCAAGUUUAGAUUGGAGAUCUUCAAUUGAAAUGGCAAAGAAACUACCCCAAGAGAAACGAAUUUUACUUUUGAAUUGCUUGGAGGCUUCUUUAGCAAUUUGUAGCAUAUGCAGUGAUGCACCUGAAGAUGCUGUUGUCACAGUCUGUGGACAUGUCUUUUGCAAUCAGUGCAUUUGUGAGCAUUUAACUGGUGACGACACCCAUUGUCCUGCAACAGAUUGCAAAACUCAACUCAUUUUUUCUUCAUUAUUCUCUAAAAAAAUUUUGACUGAUUCUGCAUCUGAUCAGCCCAGUCUUUUAAAUAAUCCUGAUUACACUGGCUCGGAGUCUGGUGAAACAUCCCAGCCCUAUUCUUUUGGAUGUUCAUAUGGUUCUUCAAAAAUUAAGGCUGCUCUUGAGGUUUUGCAAUCUCUGUCUAAAUCACGGGAUUGCCCCCCUAUGGUUAGCUCCCCAGGAUGUAAAGAUGAAGGAAAUUGUUACUCUGAGAACACAUCUGAUUCUGGCUCAGGAGUGUCACAUGUUAAAAUGAACUCGGGCUUGGAUGGAAAUUCUAAUCACUCAACUAAAAUACCUGGAGAGAAAGCACUUGUCUUUUCCCAGUGGACAGGGAUGUUGGAUCUGCUUGAAGCUUGUCUAAAGAAGUCAUCUAUUCAGUACAGAAGACUAGAUGGGACUAUGUCUGUUGCUGCUAGAGACAAAGCUGUGAAAGAUUUUAAAACAAUUCCAGAAGUAUCUGUCAUGAUUAUGUCUCUAAAAGCUGCAAGCCUUGGACUGAACAUGGUUGCAGCCUGUCAUGUCAUCCUCCUAGACCUAUGGUGGAAUCCGACAACUGAAGAUCAAGCAAUUGAUAGAGCACAUCGGAUUGGGCAGACUCGUCCUGUUACAGUUUUGCGGUUGACUGUAAAGGAUACUGUUGAAGAUCGUAUCUUGGCUCUUCAGCAAAAGAAGAGAGAAAUGGUGGCUUCUGCAUUUGGAGAAGAUGAGAAUGGCAGUAGACAGACUCGUCUAACCGUGGAGGACUUGGAAUACCUAUUCCGGCACUAAUCUUGGAUUCUUUAUUGUGUGGUAUAGCUGAUACCUUAAUGCACCUUUGGCGGCUUUCUUCAUUUCAUUCUUUACUAGCUUUAACAUCGGAUCGGAGCAUACAUAUUGACGAUACCCCAAAAGAUAUAAGAUUCAUAGGAUAUACAUGAAAGAAGAUUCAAAUUUUGCGACUAUUCCGUGAUUCGCAGAACCUGCUUCUAACAAUUCAUCACCUUGUAUAGGAGUUCAUUUUAUGAGUUUACAGCGGACAGGACAUGGAUGGAAGUUUUGUUGGGAGAAUUGUAGAUUAUUUGGAUAGGAGAGAGAGGAGAUAAGAUGUAUAUGAUAGUCUUCCCCUUAGAAAAUCUGGGUGUUAUUCCAAAUAGUGAGCAUUCUGUAACUAUGGAGGAGUACCUUUUAUCAUUACUAUAUAUAUUAUUAUUAGGGUUUAGGAUCUUUAAUUUCUCUUUUCGUAUUGUAAUCUAAUAUUCAAUUUCUUACCCUGCAUUGUCUUUGCAGCUGGUAUAGUUUAUUUAUGAGUAGCAUUUAGUGCAUCAUCAUAUU